AUGAACGCAACCGUUUCAUCUCAGUCAGAGGCGUUUCUUCAUAGGAAGUUCAUGCAGUUUCCAUUGAUCAAUUCAUCCAGCUUGCAAGCUCAUAAUCAGAAUGAAUUGAUAAUGUUCCAGUUGGACGUGGAAAUGAAAAAAGUGGAACGGCUGAAUGAAGAGUUGAUCAGUGUGAAAUCACGUUACGGUGAUUUGAUCUCACGAUUACGUUCUCUGUGUUCAUCGAUUCAGCUGAACGGUGGUCAGUGUGAAGUGCCAUCAAAAGAUGAGGAUAUGGUCGUGGUUAUUGACGAUUUGAUUCUGAAGGCACUCACAACCGCCAAACGAGAAGCAGACACUCUACGCAUUCAACAACACGCACAAAUAGCAGAACUCACUGACCUACGCAAUGAUAUCGAAAAACUCAGGUUAUUUUUAGUAAUCUCUCAUGCUUAUCUGCAUGUGCAGCAGCAAGGAGGAGCUAGCAAGGUUUUACAGAUUUACGGAUGA